GUUUUCUUUCUACCUAAAACAAAAAAAAAACCGCCAGCAGCCGUGCUCUCGAUUCGCGAACAGCUGCCAUGGAUCUUUUUACGAUCGAUACCGCCGGUGAUACCGGUCAUACAUCCACGUUUUCUCGUCCUACGCUUCUACCGACCAGCUCCAGUAGCCGUCCUGCACUGGAUCGCUCCAACCAUUUCAGCGGAAAAUCUACAAAUUCACAGAAGCAACCAGCUGCAGACAGUGACGAUGAUGACGACGAGGACUAUGGAGGUCUGCCUCCACCGAGUCAGGAUAUAUUCAAGAUUCUCCACGACGACGAAUCGACGGUGAUGAUGAGAGAUUUGGCCGGAACUCGUGGUCCAUCCAUCCCUAAGAAGGCACGCUACGCGAAAGGAACCAACCAGGUUCAGGAACUAGCCGUGACGGAUGUAAACAAGCAGAUGAAGUCGGCUGUACUGACACCGGCCGUUGAAAAACAGGAAAACUUGGCCGCCCUUUCGAUGACCGAUCGGAAGAUAAAGGAACUGAAUAAGAAAGAGCGAUCCAAAACCAAGGGCAAAGAUUGGUUCAACCUUCCGGCACAGGAAAUGACCGACGAGGUGAAGAACGAACUUGAGCUGAUUCGAAUGCGGUCAGUGUUGGAUCCCAAACAUUUCUACAAACGCAGCGAGAUGAAAACCCUUCCCAAAUACUUCCAGAUCGGCAAGGUGCUGGAAUCCCCCUUGGAUUACUACAACGAACGUGGCCAGAAGAAGAGCAAUGCUAAAACUCUCGUCGACGAGCUGCUCGAAAACGCCCAGUUCCAAAAGUACAACAAGAAAAAGUACGCAGAAGCGCUUGAAAAGCGAAAGAAGAAAGCCUACCAUAAAGCUGCUAUAAAGAUGAAGAGGUUGAAGAAAAAGAAGCAUUAAAAUUUGUUCGCAAACGUGUCCUUAUUAA